CGCAUGUUUUGCGGCACGUUUCACUGGUAGGUCGUAGAUUUCGAUAUCGCCCUGCAUUGAAGCCUAUUGAUUCUUGAAGCUUAUUCGUAUCUUGAUUCCGCUCCUUUCACAGAACAACGGUCGCAAGGCGGAAAUCUAGUAGACUCGACGGAUAUGGAAGGGCUCAAGGGCCUUGUGACCUCAAGGCAGCCUCGAGGUGACGGGGCAGAGUGGUCGUACUAGCUCUCCCCCAUACAAGGCUUUUGGCCUUAACACUCUUAAGCGCUCCAUUAUGUGGGCGAACCGGGAUCCUCAAUCGACUGUGAUCUUCCUCUACGCCUCUGCGCCUCUCCCUCAGCUUUAUCUCUGAUACUACACAUAUCUUCAAAAAGCCUUGUUAUCAUGCCCAACGUUCGCAACGUCGUUCGUCGAUCUCGUCGAUUAUCACAUCAGUCACCGAUUGCAGCUGAAGAUUAUGUUUAUGAAGAGUCAUACUUCGCUCGGUCGGGCUAUUCAAGCGUUAGGACCGUUGGCAUCCCUUCCAUUCAUACCACUCCCCCAUCUCCUGUUGGAACUACGAUCUCUUCUUCCCAUAUCUCUUCGUCGCUAUCCCCUGUCCUGUCCCACUUGUUAUCGUUCCCCAAUCGUUCAUCGCACUCCCGUAAAAAAGAAGAAGGUCACAUACCCCGCCCUCCCAACGCCUUCAUCGUCUUCCGCUCUUGCCUCUGGAGUAAUGAGGAUUUCAGAAGCCUAGAAUCUGAUCAUCGCAACGUUUCGCGCAUAGCCGGCGAAAGAUGGCGUAACUUGUCUGACGACGAGAAGGAACCUUUUGUGCAGAUGGCUAAAGAAGCCAAGGCACUGCACGCGAAGAUGUAUCCCAACUACAAAUACUCUCCCUCUCACCGCACCAACGCGGGACCGAAGCGAAAGGGGAGACGCAACAGCGAUGAGGAGAGAACCAAGUGCGACAUGAUCGCUACUCUCUUGCAGAAAGGAGUCGAGGGCUCUGCAUUGGCGCACGCGAUGGCACACGUCAAAUCUGAAGAUGAAGACGAGAUCGUACCGACACCUAUCAUCCCUCCAAAAGCACCCAUAGUCGCCCCCAGGGCUCUGCCUCUUGUCCAAUUGCGCGAACAUCGCAGAAAGAAGGUCGCUGCUCGUCCUCGAGUCUCGCGCUCAACCAUCACUCAACGUCGCACCGCAGGCCCUGACCUCGCCGCCACGAGUGCUUGUUCGUUCCCACUUAGUUCUACUUCCCGGGAGGCCGCACCUACUCCGGAGCAAUUCAGCGGUACCCCUGAACUGCUGUAUCCAAGCGAUAUGUUGGAUGAAUUCGUUCCUACUGACGAAAUACCGCCUCUAAGUCUUGAUGCUCUAUAUGAUAUGAAGGUUGCAGAACAGGAAACAUCUGACAUCUUCUACUCAGGCACUAAGCCAGCUGCAGGGCUUCCCUACUUCGGUGCUGAGCUCGAGGUCAUGCCUUUCAAUGACUACUUCCUUGACGCCGGCCUGCAGCUGCCCCCGACUCCUCCCCUUAUCGAAAAUAACGACUCUCCCCUGUCGAGUGACUAUGCGUCUCCUCUUUUGACACCUCCUCGGUCUCCAAUUGUCUUCACCAACCCUUGGACUGCUUUCCUCACGCCUUGUUCACCGGAUAACGAGCUCGAUGAGUUCUUCGUACCGUCGAUGGACACCGUGCCAUCUUUGUUUCCGUUCCCAUACAGCCCUUCCAAGGACGACGACAUAGCCAGCUUCACGCCUGAGAAAAUUGACCCUAUUACCAAAGAUGUGCAACCCGAGGUCGACCUCGAUGACUGGAUUCACUUCAACUAAAAACCACAGACACUCGCUCUACGCUCACACACUUACAUCAUCCAAGGAAUAUACCACUCACGCUCACGUCAUUGACGAUCUCUUUUCCACUUUACCCCCAUCUCACACUUCUGCAUACCCAGCAAGCACA